AUGAUUGCUACUAAGCUAUCUCAAUAUGAAUAUAUUCUUAUCUUACAGAUUUGUCGUUUUCAGUCUAGAUUGUUUAUCCAAUACUAUAACUCAGCCAAAAUUGGUCAAACCCACUGGGAAUCAAACCCUGGGUUGUCACGUCUACUCUCAAUUCGUUUGUAUCGCCAGUUUAUUCGUCCACAAUUUGAGUAUGGCCUGGCAAUAUCCUGCUUCAACAUCAAACAAGUUGCUGUGCUUGAAAAGGCCCAGAACACAUGCUUACGCAUGAUUUUUGGAGGUCACUCCACAUCUUCUACAUCUGUUUUCCGUCACCUUGGGAAUCUUCCUAGCAUGAGGGAGAGGAUCUUGACUCUUGGUUUCAAGUUUGUAUAUCGUGCUUUCUGGUUGCCUGAUGAGGCUCUGUUUACUCUUCUUCAACCUGUUCUUACAAACCCAGCACACCAAUGGUUUAAGCUUUUAGCUAAUCCCAUUUGGUUGUCUCUCUCCAAUCGUCAGAAUGCUGAUUCUAAAGCUUGCAAGCAUGCCAUUCGUUCAUUUUUGAACCAGGGCCUCUUCUUGCAACGCUCUCAACAAAUACUUCUCUCUGCUUGCCGUCCUUCUCUUGGUGUUGACCCUAUUCUCUGGCUUCCCAUGACUAACUAUGAACGUAGUAGAUUCAUACGUUGGCGUAUGGGGUGGCUUCCUGGACGUCCUCAACCUUGUUCCUGUGGAUUGCAUACCACCAGCCGUCAUCAUGUCAUUGAGUGCACUGGAGCUGCAAUUCGUCUCCAUCUCUAUUCUACAGUACAACCCAAUCCAAUUGAUUAUGUACUCAAUAUGCUGCCUCUGAAGAAACCUAAAAACAACAAGAACAAUGCCUUCUGGAUCUUUACUUGGCCAAUUCUUUGUAGAAUAAUGUUGGACAUAGAACAGAUCUGUCUCCCUGGGGUUGAUCUUGCUGAUCAUGCUGCAACAGACAGAGGACAACUCUUCUUGAACUGGCUACCCAAAUGA